AUGCUGCUCUCCGGAGAGAUAGACGCCGCAAUUGGUGCGGGACCGGUCGACUCGCCCGAUGUCCAACCCCUGUUCUCGGAGCCGGACGCGGCCGACGCCGCCUGGCACCAAAAGACUGGAAUUUAUCCUAUAAGCCAUAUGGUGGUGGUCAAGAACGCGCGGCUGGAGGCAAAUCCCGGCCUUGAGCAAGAGUUGUUCGAGGUGUUCAAGACGGCCAAGAGCCACUACAUCGAGGGCCUGCACUCCGGUGACCAUCCGAGCCAGGCGGACCGGGCCCUGCUGAAAAUGGCUGAGGUAGUGGGGGAUGAUCCGAUCCCUUAUGGGUUCGAAAGUUCCCGCAAGACGCUGGAAACCUUCGUUCGAUUCAAUGUCGAACAAGGGGUAAUCCCUGAAAAGGUCGAUCCUGAAGAGUUAUUUCCCGCCUCUACCCUGACGCUGGCCUAG